UGGUCUGGCUCCCUCCUGCCGCUAUCACAGCUUAACCCUUCCCAGCCCUCGCCUCUAUGUCACCGGACCGUACCAAUAGAUACAUUGUUAAAUCUGACCCCUGGCCUCCCCUCCAGUCUUGCACAGGUGUACCGGCUCCUCCCCUCCAGUCUUGCACAGGUGUACCGGCUCCUCCCCUUCAGUCUUGCACAGGUGUAUCUGUUCCUCCCCUCCAGGCUUGCACAGGUGUACCGGCUCCUCCCCUCCUGUCUUCCACAGGUGUAACGGCUCCUCCCCUUCAGUCUUGCACAGGUGUAUCGGCUCCUCCCCUUCAGUCUUGCACAGGUGUAACGGCUCCUCCCCUUCAGUCUUGCACAGGUGUAUCGGCUCCUCCCCUUCAGUCUUGCACAGGUGUACCGGCUCCUCCCCUUCAGUCUUGCGCAGGUGUACCGGCUCCUCCCCUUCAGUCUUGCACAGGCGUACCGGCUCCUCCCCUUCAGUCUUGCACAGGCGUACCGGCUCCUCCCCUUCAGUCUUGCACAGGUGUAUCGGCUCCUCCCCUUCAAUCUUGCACAUGUGUA